AUGGAUCCACAAAUUCUGCAGCAGCAUGACGAAGCCAUCCAGAACCUCAUGAUAUUUCAAAUACACGACAACGGAGAUCGACAAAACUUCCACGAAACCCUUCAGCGCUGGAUGACUCUUAUAAACUCAGCCCAGAGCAGAGACCUGGCGGACGGAGACUCCUCCCCCGGCCGCAGGACCACCUCCCCCCUGGUCCCAAGUCCAGAGAACCGGCCCUAUCGUCCAGUGAACCAGCCCUAUGGUCAAGAGAACCAAGAGAACCGGCCCUAUGGUCCAGAGAACCGGCCCUAUGGUCAAGAGAACCAAGAGAACCGGCCCUAUGGUCCAGAAAACCGGCCCUAUCGUCUAGAGAACCAAGAGAACCGGCCCUAUGGUCCAGAGAACCAAGAGAACCACCCCUAUGGUCCAGAGAACCAAGAGAACCACCCCUAUGGUCCAGAGAACCUGGUCCUGGUCCGGCCCUAUCGCCCCAGGAGCCCUUGCAUUAGGGCAGAGGAAAGACCUCCUGUGGGAGGAGCUUCUGUCUCUGUGGGAGGAGCUUCUCUCCCUGUGGGAGGAGCUUCUGUCUCUGUGGGAGGUGCUUCUCUCCCUGUGGGAGGAGCUUCUGUCUCUGUGGGAGGUGCUUCUCUCCAUGUGGGAGGAGCUUCUGUCUCUGUGGGAGGAGCUUCUCUCCAUGUGGGAGGAGCUUCUCUCUCUGUGGAGGAGGAACCAGUGACAGAUGAAGCUGUGUCUCUGGUUGCUCUGCUCGCACCAGAAGAAGAACCAGGAGUAGAACCAGGAGUAGAACCAGCUGAGAUAAAUCCAGAUCCCAGCUCCUCGUCCCAGAGCCACAGCCUGCUUCCACUCCUCAACAUGGUCCAGGAUCUGUCGUCCACCGGCUCCAAGAAGAAGAAGAAGAAGAGUAAGAAGAAGAAACGGACAAACUGCAUCGUAGAGUUUUUCAGGAAUCUCUUCACCAGAGUAAGGACUGCUGUCGCUGGUGUCUAA